GCGACACACGUUGCACGUGUCGUGUUUCAUAAUGGCCGCUAUCGACAUGUUGUCGUCGGAACAAAUAUUUUACGGGUGCAGCCCGCCAGCCGGUUUCCUCACAGACUAUUCAGUUCCCGUUAGAAGACCAACUAAACUAACAUCCAGAGGUUACUCGGCGCCCUCUCUCUCUGUGCUAAAACCGGUGCAAUUGUCAUUAAAAUCAUCAGCGCCGAGAAGUUGCAUACGGUUGUCAACGGAGAAGAAGCAAAAACGCGUAGUGUUUGCGGACGACAGAGGUUACGCGUUGGAGCAUGUGAAGGUCAUGACUGAGCCGUCCCAUGUACCACCAUACUGGGCUCUGAUGAUUGUUGCCAGUCCACCAUUAGAAAGAAAACUUUCACUGGUUGACACUUGGGAUGUGAGGUUCCCGCAACCGGCCUCUGAUUAUUUAGAAUUCAGAAGGAGAAUAACAGAAAACUAUGUCGCGCUGGAGAAUGUGAUAGUUAAACACAACGAAGGCGCCGUGGAUGGUACCGUCAAAGUGAAGAACUUGGAUUUCGCGAAGGAAGUUCUAAUCCGUGCAUCAUCCGACGGGUGGAGUACGCACGAGGACACGUAUUGUGCGUUUGUUGAAUCUGGGCCUUUGAACACGAUUGGUGUAUCAACUUACGACACAUUUGGCUUCCGUUUGCAGCUACCCAUACAUUCGAGGAAGUUAGAUUUCUGUGUGUGCUUCCGCUGCAAAGACAAGGAGUAUUGGGAUAAUAGGAACGGUGAAAAUUUCACGAUAGAAAAGUCUUCAGUGAGAAAAACGCCAGCCAUAUCGUGUGCUAGACUGAAUUAUGGUAAUUCUUGGAGUGGUUCUGUCGUGGGUCACACGCCGUAUUGGUGAAUUGUGUUGCGUGGAUUUUGUGUCAAAGUUUUGUGAAUUGUGCUAUCGUAAGUCCAGUUCAGAGACGGCAAGAUUGUUACUUUAAACUCGUCAUGGAGUCUCGGACAGUCAUGGCAGCCCAGGAAUAUAGUUUUUAUGACUAAAGAUCUCUGGUUUUGAUGAGAUUUAUAUGUAAGUAGAUAGAUUUCGUUGAUUAAUAAUAAUAUUGCGAGUUCAAAAACAAAACUGUAGGGUAUACACGCUACAGUUUUUAAACAGUUUAAUAAAUUUGUAAUGAAUUAUUUAAUUUAUUAAAAAUGGAUGGUGCUAAUGAGAUACAUCAAUCAAAACCAAUUUUAUUAACGUUUUAAAACAAAAAAUGUAAUACAAUUUAUAUAUUCUGAAAAUUAUAUUGAAUUUUUACGCUCUUACACUUGAAUGGGAAAAAGGUUAUUUGAUAUAAAUCAUAAAACAUAUCCAAAAGUUAUAUCUUAAUGCAAAUGCUAAUACAUUGUUCGUACAAAAGAUUCCCUGCAAUAUCAAUUACUAAACAAGAUUUUUUAAUUAAUUGUAGUGUGUACAUGUCUAUUUAUUUUUUAACUACGACCCAAAGCACUUGGAACCUAGAGAAGAUAAUGAUUCAUAGAUUUCUAUAAAAAUAAUCCUCGAUCUGCAUCCCUCAGGAACCUGCCAUUGCAACCGGUGGAGUCCCGCGGUUUUAUCGCGUUAAUUUGAUCGCUGCGAUAAGCCUCUAAUGGAGUAUUUCAUACAAGAAUUUUUUGAUUUGUACCUUUAUUACCUGUAAAAUAUAAUAUCGAUAUGGUUGAAAAAAAACUUAUAACGGAAAAUCGUAUCUAUAUCUGUGUGUUAAACACAUCAACAGUUUUUUUGCGUUCUCCAUUAUCAAAUAAAAGCACACGCCAUGUCAGAGUUCGGAAUAUUAAUUUUUCUCUAUUUAUAAAUUUCUCGGAGACUGAGGGUUGAGAAACGGAUAUUUCGAUAAAAAGAGAACGCAGUAGGAGUCCCUGUGUCAUAGGCUAGUCUCUUCCAUUUGACAAUAAAUUCUACAUAACAUUGUUAGUGUUUAAAGAAAGCAAGAUAAUGUUUUUAUAGUUUUUAUUCGAAAGUUUUGAUAGAUUGAAACACCUUUAUAGAUAAAUAUAGUCUAUGGAUAACAAUACAGUCAAACUUACAAUAUAAAUGUCGUUUUGUUAAUAACUAAUUCGUCUUUAUCUGUGGAAGGAAUAUUGAAAUAGUGAAAUAAAAGUAACGAGUGUAGUGUAUGACUAGUGCUUUUUUAUAUAAUAGGGGGCGAACGAGACAAGGGUAGUCAUUGCAGGCCAUAACACCCAUUUUUAGUGGGUACGUUGCCGGCCUCUUAGCGAGGAAUAAAAAUGUUUCACGGCAGUUGUACGUAAUUAUGGAAUGACAGUUAUAACGCGUUUCGUAUAACGCAAUUUCCGUCACCCAUAUAACGAGUAUUUUAUAGAUAACGCAAAGAUUUUCAAGUUACAUCUCUGUAGUGUGAGAUUUAUAAUGAUUUGUCGAGUACAUAAUUAGUUUUGCGUAUCUUUGCAAUUGUGUUGUUAUAAAAUUAAACUAUAACUUUAUUAGUUUUUGAAUAGUUAAAAUAUACCGGUACUACGAGAAAACUUCUACAACGCGGUUGACCGCGUCUUACUGUAUGUGGUACAAAAAUUGCUUUUGUAAUCAAUCUUAAAAGUAACUGUUAAAGGCUGGCAUGGCUGUCAAUGGGCGGCGGUCUUACUUAACAUCAGCUGCUCGUAUGCCCCAUGGCCUAUAAAAGGACGUGGUGGCCUCUCAGAUGUUUGGUAGGCAGUGUUGGCCUAGUGGCUUUAACGUGCGAAUUUGAUCCCUGAGGUUGUAGGUUCGAUUCUCUGUGCACCAAUGGACUUUGUGGGCAUUUAACAAUACCUCGAACGGUGAAUGAAAACUCAGAUCCAAAAACUUGUGUCAGGCAAGGAGGCUGAUUGCCUACUUGCCUAUUUUAUAAAUCAUUAUACAGAUACAGAAAUCUGAGGCCCAGACCUAAUAAGGUUGUAGCGCCACUAAUUUAUUCAUUUUUAGUAAAAUUUUCUAGAACUUAUAUAGAUACUAGUUGUACUAUUUGAUUUUUGCCUUUUCAUUUGAAAAGUCUAGUAAUUCACUUGGACAAUACGUUACUAAAAUAAAACAUGAUAUUUUCUAGAAUGUUCAUUUAAAAGCGUACCCAAAAACGAAUUAAUUUAAAUAACCUUUCCCCUUCACGCCUAUUAUUUUUAUUUUUAUUGUUUUAGGUUGUUAACCUUCAUUAUAAUUUUGACAAUUGACAUUUCAAAACUCCGAUACGUGUAAAUCGUUUUGGUUAGAGAAAAGAAUUUAGUAAGUUAGCAAAUAAACGAUUAUUAUUAUUAUUACCUGAAACAAUAAUUGUGGCGUCAUUUGAAGUUUGGUUUUCAAAUAAAUAAGAAUUAACGCGGAAACCGCAGAGAUAACUGCUCAUACGGUCGUAGCAUGUUGUUCUAAGCUUUCCUCGGUAAAUAGACUUUAAAAUACAGAGAGUUUGAUUUGUUAUAUAUAAUAACUUUUUUGUAGAUAUUGUCUGUGUCUAUAUGAAGCUGUAGAACAUCACUUUGCUCUAUUGUCAAUAGUUUUCACUGCAAAUAGGUCUAUCUCUAUUGGUAAUUUAAUUUGGUUUAUACUAUCGUAAUAUAAUUUAUUUUAUAGACUUUUUCGUAGAUAUUGAAAUGUUCUAUAAAUGUCUAUUUCAUCACUUGCCUCUAUAGUCAAUAGUUUUCGCAGCGUGCACACCUUUGGUUCACACACAUCGUAAUUACAUUCAGAGCCCUAAAUUCAUAUUCAUUAUGGAUGUUUCAAAUCUGUCCAGUAGUUUUGGAGCUUAUUUAAUGCAAACAAUCAAAUAUUUCUUCUUUAUAAUAUUAGUUUCAUCAUUAAAAGAAUCGAAAAUGUUCCUAAACAUAGGCCGAUCAUUGCUUUUUUUCAUUGGCUUGGCUAACGUAAAUAUGUAAACUAAAAAUAUUAUUAGCAAUACCUAGAUUUCAAUAAAAUGCUUAGUUUCAAGCUAGACAAAUCUGGAAUUUUGUUUAGUCCGAAACAGCUCGAACGAAUUUAUGUCCGAUUUUUUAAAAUAAAAAUUCAGGUCACUAUAGCUAAUACUUGCAUUAUUAAAAUUUUUGGUGUUAAAAUACACACACACAACUAAAAAACUAAUAAAGAUUGGGGUGUGUCCAAAUAAAGAAUUUUUAUAACCUAGUCGUAAUAUAUUACGACCGAAUGAAUGCCGGCUAUCACUAUAUUAUAUUGGAACAUAGAAAAGGUAAGGUUUUACUUGUGUGAUAAUUUUUUUUAUCGCUUCGUAUCACUCACUAUCAAAGUGUAAUAUUUAAAUUCAAGGCAAAGCCACGAUGACCUUUCAUAAGGUCAUUUGUAUUUCCUCUUGUUGGCAUGCUAAGUUCGCGCGUAAACGCACAACUAAUAUGUCAAAUAAAACAUCAUAGACUCAAAAUUUUAUUGUUAAAAUGUUAAAAAUCUGACUUUGAUGUUUGAUAGUUGCUAUGGAAUGUUCUUAACUUAAUUUGAUAGAUUUUUAAAUUAAUAAAAAUUCGUCAUUUCAUAGAUAAAUUAUUGUAUGAUUAGAAUAAAAAUUUAAUUAGACCGUUAUAUAGGUAUAUAUAUAAACUGUUGCCUAGACCGUUGUCAUGGAAACGUUAAACAAACGACAUACGCUAAGGAACAGUGUUCAUUAGUUCCACAGAAUACUUCCUUCAAACAAAAAGGACCAACAAAUCAUUAGUAUCCUGUCCCGUUUUCGCACGCCUAACAUUUAUUUCUACAUGUUUGCUUUAUAAGCUAAUCUUUGUCAGAGAGAUAAUGUAUCAUUCCAAUAAAAAAAAUUAAAAUCGGUCCAAAUAUUUUAUCAUUAUAAUAUUAGUAUAUAAUAUAUACUAAAAAAAAUGUUAACUAAUAUAUAUAUUAGCAAACAAUUAUAUAUAAAAAUACGACUGGUUGACAAACGGAUCGUCAGUGUUGAGCCUUAUUAAAAUAAUCUCAAGGUAGACUAUUUUAAGACAAUUUCUUCCAUUAGAUAACUUCAAUUUGAGGGUCGAAUAAUAAUAAUGGUGGGUCUAGUCGCUUGUCUAUUGUUUUGUGUGUAUUCUUAACCAGAGAUAAAUAUCGACAAGGCGGCCUAAAGACUUGAGCGUUGGUUACAGACAAUUUUAGAUUAAAUAACGAAGUUUGCACAUGCGUAUUCCAAUCUUAGUUGGCAACCGCGGCCUCAACAAUCUUUAUAACAAUCGUUACGUAUUCGUUUACGUCAAUAAUUUUAAUAAGAACUAUGCACCUUUGUGCGUUUAGUUCCAAUACCCUCAGAAUGUCAAAAAUAGUGUUUGUGGUAAUAUCUCUGAUUACUUGAUUAUAGAGCUUGUAUACUCUAGAUAUACCAUAGACAGUAGUCCGACUUGAUAGUUUGGCGCGGACAGAACCUGUCUUCUAUGUGUCAAAAAUGUAUUGCAUUGUGAUUGAUAUGUAUGAUUUCUAUAUUGAUAUGGGACAGCAGAGCCUUCUCCGUUGGUAGUUUGUGAUGAUACUUGACACAGCGAGUACAUUUCAUAGACGUUCGCUUUUACCAAUAGCUACGUGACUGUCGUCCAUAUUAAUUGAAGUGUCAGCUGUCAAAUUAUGAUUUUGGCAAUUGGUGUAAAUGUUGGAUUCAGCAGAGAAUACUUUACGUCAAAAAUGCAUUUAUUAGUAUUAACUAAAUACACAAUUAUAAUAGGUAUGUUUUACAUGAAACACACUCCAAAUGAUAAUAUAUAAUAAUAAUAAAUAAAACUCUAAAAAUAGAACCCAGUUGAUGUCCUCAGAUAUAUAAAUCUCAUAUUUAAUUUGGCAUUAAAUGUGUACAAUUAAUUUUGUUAAUUGUCAGUUUCUGCUGGCGUUUUGUUUUAGUUUGACACUUGACAUGACGUCUGUCCAAACUUAGCCUCGCAUAAUCUGUGCGUAAUUUAUUAUUAGCGCCACGUAUUUUAUGAUUUAUUACCAAUUACCGCUGGCCAGUUUGACAGCCCGCCAUUUCUGCAAAUUUAGUUUUUGUUACCUCGGUAUGGACUGUUUUAAAAAAAAUCAAUGAAAUCUGUUUAUCUUACAGUUAAUAUUAAUCUGAUUAAUAUAAGUGAAAUUAAAGACUGACUAGAUGUCUAGAUAUUUUUCACACACUGAACUGUUUCCAAAAACGAAAACGUUUGUAUUAUAUCUUAAUUUAGGUUCUCUAACUUUCGGUAGCGAUAGCUAUUACAUGUAUUGAAACCUAGUUAUUUUUAUUAAUAAAUACGUUUUCUUUUUUGAAAGCAGUAGUAUAAGAAACUAAAAAACAUUUCAGUGAUAUACCUGAACUCAGAGCCGUACAUUAUAUGAGAGUUAUUUUUACAUUACUUAACGACUGAUUAUAGGCAUCCUAGUGCUGUUAUUGUAGCUUAAUGAACCUCUCUUAGUUCAGUUAGUUCAUUUAAAUGAAAUUAUUGUUGUAAUUAAUUUUUGUUUAUCUAUUUAUAUAUUAUGUAUAAAUUGUUAUGACUCAACUUAGCUAGGUCUAACCAGUCAUAGCUAAACAUGUUAAUGGUUUUGGCCAUGGUUGGCCUUGGCUAGCCAUGAUUAGUAAGCCUUGGCUUCGCUAGCCAUGAGUGGUUAGACUUGGCUUGGCUAGCCAUGACUGGUUAGACUUGGCUUGUCUAGCCAUGACUGGUUAGGUACUAGUCUAACCAUGUCAUGUCUAAACUUUUAAAUAGCUUUGGCUAUGCUUAGCCAUGUUUAACCGGUUGUGGCUAAGCGUAGCCAUUUAUGUAGUUAUUAAAGAACAUUACCAAUAUAAUAUAUACAUGAUUAUAUUGAGUAAUAAGCCAUAAAUCUAGUGAUUAUUGUUACUUAUGCACGAAUUAUUAGUUCAUGAAGCAUUUUGUUAUUUUUUAUUGAAACUGUAAGUCAAUCAACCGUUUGUGUUAAAUAUGAAUGUUAAUUUAUUUAAUGUAAAUUAUAUUUUUAUUUGUGUAUUGUCUCUUCGAUGAUAUACCCCUCGUCAUAUUAUUUCUCCUGGUCAUGUCCUGACCACGAGAUUUUUAUAAAAGAACCAGGAGGCUCACCUCAUGUUUAGUGACCGCCGCCCAUGGACACUCAAUGCCAGAAGGCUCGCGCAUUGCUGGCCUAUUAAGAAUUGAUAAGCUCUUUUGAAGGAUCGUAAGUCCAAUUGGUUCGGGAAUACUUCAGUGGGCCCCUGGUUCCACAUAGUUAUAUGUUUUAUAUGUUAUA